GAUUCAGGACCCGUCAGGGAAGUUCACAAUGUAGAUCCAGCACCCAUGCUAAUGAUGCUAUAAUGUUAGCGUGGGCGUCAAGGCUUUGCUUUCUUUUUAAAAGACCGAUACUCCCGAAUCAAUACUGACAACCCGUUUGUUUCAUCUUGUCUGCGCGAAUCUUCAAUUCUUCUGAUGCCUGAGCCAGGAUGACAUUCGGACGCCCGAGAACAUGGCGAAGGCUUUUGCUAAUCCUUGGGGCCUCAGCUAUUCUCUUCCUUCUUCUCAGCGAUGAGAAACCACGGUGGUUAGCGCCUCGUGCCCAUAGCUCGUGCACUGGGUUCGACCUUGCAUCAGUAUCCGAAGACCUCCACUCGCGCAUGAAGGCUGAAAGCGACUACACCCCGGUCGAGAUCCAUCAAUUCGUGUGCGGCAUUAUCAACCAUAACAUGACUGCGACAGCUCACCUUGAGUGUCCCGCGACAAUCAGCCAGCGUUACCAUACACUGAUUCCGGUCGACGGAAAGCACCCGAAAAUCCAAUACUUCUUUGCCCUCAACCUUUACCAAGUGAUUCAUAUUAUUCUCCCUCUGAUGGGGAGCAUUCUGGAGGCUAUUCGAUAUCUGGGGCCGGAACACUGCGCUUUGUCGAUCGUGGAGGGUCGGUCAACAGAUGGAACAUAUGAGAUCCUGUCUCGUUUGAAGCCGGAGCUGGAUGCUAUGGGGGUGCGAUACUACUUCUCCCGAAGCCCGAUAAAUCCGCUCGGGCCCGGGGAAAAUCGCAUCAAGGAUCUGUCUGAACUUCGAAAUAUGGCCCUUGAACCCCUGAUCACAGGAGCCAGACAGAAGGGCAGUCCCUUUGGUCACGAUCCCAUGAUCAUAUUUAUCAACGACAUCGGUAUCUGCGCUGAGGACAUACUAGAGUUAGUGUACCAGCAAAAAGUGCAAGAUGCGACAAUGACAUGCGCAUUUGACUGGAGAGAGGAAGGAGUCAUUCAUGAUGUUUGGGUAUCCCGAGACCUCUCUGGAGAUCUCUUCUUUGACAUUUCAUCUGAUGGGCGGAUAUGGGACUCGCAUAACCUUUUCUCUCAUCAUGGUCCCACCCGUGAGCGCUUUUUUAAGUAUCUUCCCGUGCAGGUCUAUAGCUGCUGGGGUGGAAUGGUUACCUUAGACAGUGGCCCAUUCAUUGACGGGCACGUGGAAUUCCGGUAUUCAGAGGAGGGUGAGUGCUAUAUGGGGGAGCCUACACUGCUGGCACAAGAUCUCUGGCGCCUGGGUCUUGGGAAAGUGCUUGCUAUUCCCACUGUGAAUGUUGCAUAUGAGUAUCGCUGGUCAUUGAGGGCCAAGGAGGAGAAGGGUUACGUUCAUACGAUAUUGGAAGGGCGAUAUUCCCCUCAUGAUGAGCUCGUCCAUUGGCAGAAAGAGCCACCAAAGCAGAUCAAAUGCAUGCCAGCCUGGGACGACCAGUCCUGGGUAGACGCUGUUUAA